AUGGACAAGCGAAUCUUUCUUUUGCUUAUUGUGCUGGUCGCCUUCUCUGUUGAAGCAAAAAAGAAAAUCCUCAAAAAGAAGCUAAAUCAGCUCAAAGGUAAAAAUUUAGCUAUUCAAAGUUCAUCGUGUCUGAUAUUUAUUAACUGAAAUAACUGAGACGAAAGAGUUGUUAUUGAGCGUUUUAGCCACAAUUGUUCACAAAAAACCACUUUACUGAACUUAGUGGGGAGAGUGCUUUUGACUAACUGUGAUUUUGUUUAGCUGUUUUUACAGUUUUUAAUAAGGAAAGACGGACCAUUUUUAAACUCAAAGCGAAAAAACAUUUGUAUCAAAAUAUGUGCGUUUGAAUGCAAACAAAUAACACAAUGCCAAUAAGUCAUAACACAGGAAGACAGAUUCGAAAGCUGAAAAACGCCUUUUCUUAAAAGCUUGUUGGCUUGGUUAUAAACAUUUGAAAUUAUUGAUUGAAAAGAAUCAAUAGUCUUAACAGAACGAUGUUAAUUUUAUUUUUGAGAAAUUAAGCGAAUAAUCAAAUGAAUGAGACUACCUACGGAAUCAUCAACAGGUUACAAUCUCGUCACUUGACAAGGUAGAGCAAACCACCAGUUAACAGACGAAAGCAUUCGAACCGAUGAGAAUAACCGAUUUUUAAAAAAAAAAAGAAUAAAAUUUUACUUCCUUGACAACCUUCGGCGAUUUGAAAUCAGCAAAAGUGUGAUUUAUUAAACCUCUGUGUUGAAUGAAGAAAACAAACACAGAAAAGAUUCGAAAUUGCACAAAAAGCAAACUAAACAAAUGCAAGGCAACAACAGAGAUGAAGAUUUCGUCCUCUCAAUCUUCAUACGCUUGAACAUCGACGCUUGAAGAUUUUAACGCCAUGACUAGUUUCAUAAGGAGCGGAAAAUUUGCUUUUUUUGGCCAUUCAGUCAAAAUUCAGAAACUACCUGGUCAGGGCAAUUAUCCUGCUUGUACCACUGGUCACAUGUCUUUGCGCGCUCGUCCUCUUGACACAGAUCUUGAAUUUGUCGAUGAUGACAUGUCGCUCUCUUGUUCUCUGUCGACCAGUGCAACUAUUUAGACUUUUCAGUAAGCAAAGACAUUCAAGAUCAGUUUUCAAUCUUGCAGCCGUAGAGUUAAACUGCAGGAACUACAAAAAAAAUAGGUUGCGAAAGGCUUAAUUUUACUCCCUCCCUUUUAUUGGUGACUUCCAAUAUUGUGACAGAAAUCGAUCAUUGUUUUAGGAAAAAUAAACGAAGAUUGAAAAUUCUGAGCGAAGGGUAAAUCAAAAGACGUGUUUUCUUCUUUUAACAAACAAACAGACGUCCCUCUGCUGGCCAAGAAGUUUUUCUUUUUCUAAUCACUUCCUCUUUGGGUUCAUUUUCUAUUGAUUAAAUCAAAAGUAUAUAUAAGAAAGCUGUUACUUAAUAUUUUUGUCUAAGUUUAGAACAGCGUUUUGUUAGUCAUUAGAGUAUCUUAAUUGAAGGAUUAUUCAUAAAACCGAUUAGGUUAGAUUAGUUACAAUUAAUUGUCUCCCUUUUCUAUCGUCUCUUAGGUGCAAAGAAAUGCGGAUACGGAUGUCCAUCAAGCUGCCCUUGUCAGCCAACCUGCUGCCCACCACCUCCACCUCCCCCGCCGCCACCUCCAAUAUGCUGCCCACCUCCCCCUCCACCUCCUCCUCCACCAGUAGCAACAAGUAGUCAGUCAACCCUUUACCACCAUCACUUCCACCCAGGACCACCUCCCCCUCCUCCUCCCCCACCAGCUCCAUGCCCACCACCAUGUCACUUUGGACACACCGUGCACCACCACGUGUAUCACGCCAGCCCACCAGGUCCCCCUCCAGCACCCAUGCCCUCUCCUCCACCCUUCUCCACUGAAUCACACGCUCAUGUUUUCGUCCACCACUCACAUCCUGGACCUCCACCACCUCCACCACCUCCACCUGCUCCAUGUCCACCCCCAUGCCACACUGUCCAGACAGUCCACGUACAACAACACCACUUCCCACCACCACCAUGCCCACCACCCUGUCCUCCCCCAUGCCCUCCACCCUGCCCCCCUCCCCCUCCACCCUGCCCACCCCCAUGUCCUCCAACUUGCACCCCACCUUGCAGUGCCUGCUGCAAGAAGGGAAAAGUAGACAAGAAGGGCAAGAAGAACGAUGAAGAAAAGAAAGACAAAGAGUAG